UUGAGCAGUGAUUCGAAUUGCAUGCCAAACAACGCUACAGUGACACAAGAUAUCACCCAAAAAGGCCUUCUUUCUGGUAAUAUGUCACUUGUAGUUCCACAGAGUUCGAAGGUGCCAUCGUCAGGUCGUACUAAGGCAGGUCGUCUUAAGGUUGCUCUACAACCUGGUCGUGGUAUUAUGGAUUGGGUCAAGCUCACUUCAGGUAGAAACAUAGCUUCGAAACAGAUGCAAUUCGUCGAUGAAGUUGAACUCAGCAAACACAACACAGUUGACAACUGUUGGAUUGUGCUUGAAAAUAAGGUAUAUGACGUCACAGAAUAUUUAACGUUCCAUCCAGGCGGAGUAAAUGAAUUAAUGAGAGCUGCUGGGUGUGAUGGAACGAUACUUUUCAAUAAAUAUCAUGCAUGGAUUAAUCAUGAAACUAUGCUAAAAGCGUGUUUCGUUGGUUACUUCAAGGGCAAUAUUGAUAAACUACCUACUCCAAAGGAUGAAUGGGUUCCGGAUUGCUUUUCAAGGAUCCUAGGAACAACUGAUGGUAAAAUUGUUUUAAAUUGCGAUGAAUGGAUGAAGUUGAAAAAGGAAAAUGUAUGCGUUGAUGUGUGUGGUAAUGCAUUACGUGUGCUCAUUAAACCGCUUGGAUGCACGCCACCAAUCUCGUUGGCAUGGAAUGGCAUUCCCAAACUGCUAAUGUGUGACACAUUCAUUGUAUCAGUUGAAUCUGGUGUGAUAGAAAUUAAAUUCGAUCAUUCGAGGGAGAUGAGCAUAUUCUCAUCGCUGGAUUUGGUCACUAUUAAAAAAAGACCAGGAUUACUUUUUCGAGUGUGCACAAUCAGCCAGAUUCGUAAGAUAACUCAUAAUACGAAUUUAUAUGAACUGGACUUACCGUUGUCUACCUACCUGUCGUUACCUGUUGGACAUCACGUUUAUCUCAGAAUCGAUAAGAAAGUGGUUGCAUUCACAAGACCUUACACCCCGAUACUGGUUGAUGCGAACCGUCGAAAGAUCUCAUUUUUGAUCAAACUGUAUGAAGAUGGAAAGUUUACUUACGCUCUUCGUCGUCUUCAAAUAGGUGACCAACUCGAGAUAAGUGAUCCAGUUGGCGAUAUCGACUUUUUAUCGGCCUGUUCGACAGAAUUAUGUUGUAUUUGUGCUGGUACUGGUAUAACUCCUAUGAUACGCCUGCUGAAUGCGCGUAAGAAUGAUUCGAAUAGGCACGUUUUCAUUUCUUCGUUAUUAAGACUCAAGUGGCUGGCAUUGGGAUGCAAUGAUAAGGAUCGUUUGGAACAGGAAUUUUAUAAAUAUUGUGGAUUGGAACCGGCGAGAGAUCAUGUUUCAUUGUUUCAUUACGAAGAGGAAGAUCAUGACGUGAACAUCCUAAUGUUAUCCAAGUUUAUAGAGAAACAAAAAUCGUUGAUUUUGAAAGAGUGCAGAGAGGAUGGUGCUUCUGUGGAACAUCGCUAUCGUGUCCUCGUUUGUGGUCCUCCCGAAUUUAUGGCCACCGUAGAAAGUUAUAAUGAACAGAUAGAUUUAUACUGUGCAGUGGUGUGUUGCGGGGAAGGAAAACAAAAGCGGGAUCUCAAAGGUGCAACCGCUUUGAAAAAUAUUGAGGACGGGGUUCCCUUUACACAUAAAGUGCUGCGCAGUUUAUGUGUAUACGGUUGA